GGAUAGAUAUACACGCGAAGAUUAAUCCGCCAGUAAAGAACUGCCAAACCGGAGCGAAAUUUCAUCUGCGGGCGCUGCGGUGGCGAUAACCAUCUUUGAACUGAGACUCGCCGGAAAUUAGAAGUGUCAGUGCAGUGAAACAUUCAAUGAUGAGGUGUGGUCGUCUUCCUCCAUUAGCAUCUCCGGUUAUCCACGCCUUCAGGCGGUGUUGGAUUCCCGCUCUUUGCAUUUCUCAUCAGUCGUUUCUUCAUUCUGCAUCCAUUUAUGCUCCAUUCUGCUCAUAUGCUAGCAAAAGCUUCAAACACGGUCAACGUCUCUUGAUUCGUCCAAUGUCCGGUCAUCAUCCAAGCUCUAAAGUUGCAGCUUCUUUUAGUUCCGCUGGAGGCAGUGAAGAUGGUAGGGAAUUAUUGGUCCAGCACUUGCUUGUUAAAGAAGAUGACAUUAAGCUCUUAUCGGAUCUUCAGCAGAGAAUUGCCGGCGGUGAAGAUCUGAGCGAUCUUGCUGUGGAGUACUCACUCUGUCCAUCCAAAGAAGAAGGGGGAAUGCUUGGAUGGGUGAAGCGGGGGCAAAUGGUACCAGAGUUUGAGGAGGCUGCCUUUAAUGCACCCUUAAACAAAGUGGUAAAAUGUAAAACAAAAUUUGGAUGGCACUUAUUGCAAGUUCUAUCAGAGAGGGGAGAAUCGGUGCUUCUGGACAUUCAACCUGAAGAGCUUCAUUUGAAAAUGCAAGAUCCAAACUUCUUGAAUGAGGCACAGUUAAUUGAUGUCCGAGAACCUGAAGAAGUGGACCAGGCUUGUUUGCCAGCUUUUCAGGUACUACCUCUCCGUCAAUUUGGAAGCUGGGGUCCAGAAGUAACAACGAAGUUUGAUCCUCAAAAGGAUACUUACGUCAUGUGUCACCAUGGAGUGAGGUCGUUGCAGGUCGCAAGAUACUUACAAACGCAGGGUUUUAAGAAAGUCUACAAUGUGUCUGGAGGAAUUCAUGCAUACUCUCUCCAAGUUGAUUCAUCUAUCCCUACCUACUGAGAUAUUGCCCUUUCCUUUUAUUUUCCCAACUUUUUUUUAGUUCAAUAAUGACAGGAUUGAAAGAUCGAGUCACAUCGGCCUUUCGAAUGGUUAUAGGUACUUUACCCUAUAUCAUAUCAUGUAUGCUAAGUUCAUAAACAACUUUUUCUAUGCCAUUUCAUGAGUUAUUUUGUUAUUA